CCAGGCAAAGAACCACACCCAACCAUGAAACGAGACCUACGAGACUCUGAACGCAACGAGACCACCACCACCAUGGAACAGAAUUCAUUCGAGAACGUGACCAAUGGCCUCGCCUCUUCCACCAGCCCCAGAGCACAGGAGAGGAGAGACGCCUUCAAGAAGUUACGACAAUCGAGGCAAUCCGAGAAAUCCAUGGACUUUGACGACCUCCUACCACACGUCGGGGAGUUUGGCAGAUACCAGAAGCUCCUCAUCUUCCUCAUCUGCCUGCCGGCGUGUAUCCCCUGCGGCUUCCACGCCUUCAACCAGCUGUUUAUGAGUCCGUCUCCGCCCCACUGGUGCCGCGUGCCUGAACUAGAGGGACUGGGGCUAACGGUACAAGAGGUCAGGAACUUAUCCAUACCUUGGGAAGGUGGUGGGUACAGCCAGUGUUCCCAGUACCAGCUGCCCAACAACUACACGCCUGAGUGGCCCUUGGAGGAGCCUCGCCCCGCCUGGCCUGUGGUCCCGUGUACGAGUGGCUGGAUCUACAACACCACCAUCAUCUAUUCCUCUAUCGUGAUUGAUUAUGACCUAGUGUGUGAUAAGGCCAUUUUUCCCACUGUGGGCUUGUCUGUGCUCAACGUGGGAGGAAUCAUUGGUGUUUACGUCUUCGGCACUAUCUCCCGAUGGUUGGGCAGGAGGAUAUCGUUCCUGGUGUGUCUGGGCAUCGAGCAGGUGUUUGGACUCAUAACAGCCUUCGCCCCUAACUUCUGGGCAUGGCUCACCUGUCGCUUCCUGGUGGGGUUGACUGUGCCUGCCAUAUACCAGAUACCCUUCAUUAUCUCCUUGGAGUUAGUAGGGCCGAGUUACCGGAGCUUUGUGACGGUGAUGACGUGUCUGUUCUACGUGGGCGGGAUGCUCCUGCUAGCGGGCGUGGCCUACCUGGUUCGGAACUGGGUAUACCUGUGUCUGGUCACCUCCCUGCCCUUCUUCGUCUACGUCGUGUACUGGUGGUACCUGCCGGAGUCCCCACGAUGGUUACUCUCCAAAGGGCGUCUUCAGGAGGCCAGGACGAUACUUACUAAGAUGGCAGAAGUGAAUAAGACUGAACUGCCAGAUUCCUUCAUGCAGAAACUACAGGACCGCAUGAUGGCACAACAAGCGCUCAGCACCAGCUCAGCACAGAAGAACAGUGCCACCGGGUUCUUCAGCAUGUGUUACACCCCUAACAUGAGGCUUAAGGCCAUCCUCAUCACUAUGGUCUGGUUCGCCAAUGAAACUGUUUACGUGGGACUGAGCUAUUAUGGUCCGGCUAUGGGCGACGACGAGUACCUCUCUUUCUUCUUGUCCUGUGCUGUCGAGGUACCGUCCUACCUCCUCUGCUGGAUUGUCAUGGAUCGCUGGGGCCGUCGCUGGAUCCUGGGCGUGGGCAUGAUCAUCGGGGGCAUUUUCUCCAUCUGUACUGUACUGAUGCCCGAAGGUGCCUCGUUGGCCACACUCGUCCUCUACCUGGUGGCCAAGUUCUCAGAGUCGGCCGCCUUCCUCAUCAUCUACCCCUUCGCGGCCGAGCUCUACCCGACGGAGGUGAGAGGCGUCGGGAUUGGGUUCUCUGCCUACGUCGGGGGCUUGGGACUGGUGAUUAUACCCUUCAUUAAUUACCUGGGCACGGAGAUGUUGGUACUGCCACUUCUCAUCAUGGGCGUGGUCUCUGCUCUAGGGGGCGUGUUAACCUUCCGUCUGCCUGAGACGCUCCAGCAGAAGUUACCCAACACGAUGGCUGAAGGCGAGGCGUUUGGUCACGACUUCUCCUGGCAAGAAUGUUGGGCCUGUGUCCCUGAGAUAAAACAAAAAGAAUAUGAGGACUUCGACCACGCAUCCGACGAAGAGAUAGACGAGAUCGUGUCCCUAGAGAACUUAGGGAGACGUAGGUCCUCAGAGGGGCACGGGAGACCUGACGAAGCCACGCCCUUACAGAGAUUCGGUCCACUGGGGUCUCGAGCCAACCCACUAAUUAGACAGACCAGCAUAAUGGACACGCCCAUCAUCACGGACGCAUCUGGGGCUAUGAAACUGACCUUCUGGGUGUAGUGGAGAGGGUGUGCAGGUGUACAGGGUGUAGUGGAGAGGGUGGAGGUGUAGUAUUGAA